AUGUGUAAUUAUGUCCUGGUUAAAACAAGAAAAGAAUGUAAAGAACGUAAAGAACGUAAAGAACGUAAAGAACGUAAAGAACGUAAAGAACGUAAAGAACGUAAAGAACGUAAAGAACGUAAAGAACGUAAAGAACGUAAAGAACGUAAAGAACGUAAAGAACGUAAAGAACGUAAAGAACGUAAAGAACGUAAAGAACGUAAAGAACGUAAAGAACGUAAAGAACGUAAAGAACGUAAAGAACGUAAAGAACGUAAAGAACGUAAAGAACGUAAAGAACGUAAAGAACGUAAAGAACGUAAAGAACAUAAAGAACGUAAAGAACGUAAAGAACGUAAAGAACGUAAAGAACGUAAAAAACAAACUAGACAAACAAGAGAACUAGAGAAACUAGAGGAACUAGAGAAACUAGAGGAACUAGAGAAACAAGAAUAACUAGAGGAACUAGAGAAACUAGAAGAACUAGAGGAACUAGAGGAACUAAAAACUAAAGAAACUAGAGAACUAGAGAAACUAGAGGAACUAGAGAAACUAGAGGAACUAGAGGAACUAGAGGAAUUAGAGCAACUAGAAAAACAAGAGAAACCAGAGAAAUCAGAGAAACCAGAAAAACCAGAGAAACCAGAUAAACUAGAGAAACUAAAAACUGCGAAACAAGAGAAACAAUAGAAACUAGAUAAACUAAAGAAACUAGAGGGACUAGAAAAACUAGAGAAACUAGAGAAAGUGGAGAAAUUAGAGAAACUAGAGUAA